CCACAGUCGCCAAUGGAGGCCGGAACCGCCAACGAUUCAUCGAGAUCGAGCUCUCUGACGAUCGGCGAGCGGAUCUGUGCCGCUUUCAUACCUCUUCUGUCGGUAGUCGAGAUUCUCGCUUUCGCCCUUGGCAGUUGCUGCGAGAACCGGCCGGAGCACAAGAAGCGUCGCCGCUACCGGUUCGGCGACGUCAAUCGCCUCGCCAGUGAGACGAGAUUUACGAGGAAUGAAGUUGAAGCGCUGUACGAGCUGUUCAAGAAAUUGAGCAGUUCAAUUAUUGACGAUGGCCUAAUCCACAAGGAAGAGCUUCAAUUGGCGCUACUCCACACUCCUGCGGGAGAGAAUCUUUUCCUAGAUCGGGUUUUUGAUCUAUUCGAUGAGAAGAAAAAUGGCGUCAUAGAAUUUGAAGAAUUUGUCCAUGCUCUCAGUGUCUUCCAUCCCGAUGCCCCUGUAGAAGAGAAAAUGAGCUUUGCAUUCAGGCUGUAUGAUCUACGGCAAACUGGGUUCAUUGAGCGGGAGGAAGUUAGGCAAAUGGUUCUUGCCAUUUUGAUGGAAUCUGACAUGAGACUAUCUGAUGAACUUCUUGAAGCUAUACUUGAUCGAACAUUUGCAGAUGCAGACACGGACAAGGAUGGUAAGAUCAAUAAGGAAGAGUGGAAAGACUUUGUUCUUCGAAACCCUUCUCUGUUGAAAAAUAUGACUCUUCCUUAUCUGAAGGACAUCACCACUGUAUUUCCAAGUUUUAUUUUCAACACUGAGGUCGAAGAGUAAGGUGUUUACUGCACAUUAUCUCGAUGUUUGACCAUUUCAACAGAGUUUGCUGGAGACCUAGGGACCUAUGUACCAGAGUUCGAUGUGAAGCAGGCUGUGAUGGCCACUUAAGAAAGGCAGUUGCUGACGAAUGGCUGACUUCUUGGGCGCAUCUUUUUCCAUUUUCUUACCUUGUCCAGAUGAUUGGCAGACAGAUUGGGGGCUCGGCA